CAGCAACACUGGAUCUUGUUGACUCCCAGCCAACACUACUGUAUGUGGGAGUGUCUCUGUCCAAUGCAGUUAACUUGAAGAGGACAAGUCAUUAAAGGAAUGGCAAUAUUUAAGACAUGCUUGUCCAUCUUUGCCCUUCUCCUGACACUAACUAUUUUGGAAACAGGGAACUUCAUUGAAUCUCCAAGUCAGGUUUUACUGGAACACAAUGAAGAAGAAUCAUGUAUACCUCACACCAGGGGGAAAAGGAGUGGGCUUCUGGCUCAGGUUGAGUACGAUGUGGAUGUUGACCUGAAUUUUACUGAUAUUGGGACCGUGGACGCCCUUAGAAGCAUCCUGGAUGCAGGUGGCUUUUCCCUAGCCUUGGGUCCAACUGUGAACGUCACACACAUUAACAUCACCACAGUUUGUUACCCAAAUGGUACAAACUUCCAGUGCAGAUGUGAGGAACAGUAUGUGUGGUCAUUAAGCAACUGUAAUACAUACGGAGCCUGCGAUGACAUCAUUGACAACACGUGUGGGUGUAUCAACAGUAUUCCUACCACUGGACAAUACUGCGUGCCACAGACAGUACCUUUAGUAUUUUAUGAAUACCAGAUUAUUAUCGAGGUGAAAACCAGCGAUGUGGAUCAGCUGAGAAACGUCCUGAACAGUUUAACUUUUCCUGUCCAGAUCAGCUCCUCAGUUAACAUAUUAGAUGCCAAUAUCACCACAGUUUGCAGCCAAGAUAACACUGGGUUUCAGUGCCACUGUGAAAAUGACUAUCUUUGGCCGUGUGAUAAGUGUGACACCUAUGGGAAAUGUGAUGGUAAUACAAGCAACACAUGUGGAUGCAUCAAUGCCAUUCCUCCUGAUGGACAAUACUGCCAGCCUUUUGAUCAAUACGGCGGGUCGUCGCUCAGAGCCAUGGAGAAUCACAGUGCGCAGUGGGUGUUGCGCCGGCUGGCGAACAGAUCCACCUCUGCUGUCCCGAACCAGGCCCAGAUCCGCUUCACCACCUCUGGGUGA